UAGAUUUUUAAAGUUGAACACAAGAAAAACGUAAUAUUUAUCUUAAAUUCGAUCUAAUCAUGUGCUUCAUAGUGACUGGGUGCAAAUAUGUGGCCCAGAUGUACCCAAAGCAGUUCGCAUUGGUAGUGCAUCCCUGCGCCGUUGGCUUAAUUUUGGCUGGCACUGUGUUCUUCACAUCGGUGGAAAUGUUUUACGUGGUGCCCCUAAUUGUCGGCACUGAAGGCCUGCUGUACAAAAUCGCCUGGCUGGUGACUAUAUUCAUUGUCUUUAAUCUGCUGGGAAAUAUGUUGGCUUGCUACAGAACGGAUUCUUCGGUGGAAAAUCUGCCAAUUGAUCGACAAGUUCCGACUCCCGAAGAGGAACACUUGUGGCAUCAUUGUGAUUAUUGUCAAGUGCUAAGGCCGCCUAGAUCCUGGCAUUGCAAAUUGUGUAAGAGCUGCAUUUUAAGGCGGGAUCACCACUGCAUCUUCACAGCCACUUGCAUUGGGCACAAUAAUUACAGGUACUUCUUCUGGUUUUUAGUCUAUAUGAUGAUUGGAACAUUUUUGUCCUUGGCAACGCAUUUAAUCCUCUUUAUAAUCAAUGAAGACAUGCGAAAAAAUUAUUUUCUUUUCUAUCUUGUGCGACUUGACUUCACAUACUUGCAAAAAAUUUAUGAAUUCGGCUUUCAAUUCAAUUGUAUAAAUUUAAUAUUGGUGCUCAACGUAUAUUCCUUCAUCUUUCCCUUGAUUAUGUUGGGUUAUCAAAUACGGACUAUAUAUCUCAACACCACAUUCUAUACGGCCACCUCGGAUCUGAAAUACAAUCAGGGCCCUCGGAAAAACUUCAAGACUUUAAUGGGAAAACGCGGCUUGUGGACUUUUUUCUCGCCUGUAAUUAGAAGUCCCUUGCUUCACGAUGGAACCCAGUGGGAAACGAAGUAUUUAGAUAUCAACAAUUGCUAAAAUGUAACUCAAGUUCAAGUGAAGAUAUUAAAAAAAUUCAAAAAAGUAAUUUCCCAAA